GAUGGAAGUAGAUAACGAAAAGCUUAAAGGUUCCAGCAGCGGCGUUGUGUGGAAACAGGCUUUGACACCAUGGCGUUGAGUCGUGGACUUGGGUUUUUAAUGCUGCUUCACCUUUUACUUUGCUGUGAAUCUCUAUCUUUGCCACAGAUGGAGUUCUCCAUCAAGCACACCUGGGACAGCAACCCCGUGGACCACGACCCCAUCAGGGUGGUCUUUUCCCCUGGGCUGGGGGGGUUGAAGAUGUAUGUGUAUGGUCCGUUCUUCAAUGAUCCUGCGGCUCCUGCUGGACCCCCCAGUCAGGCGUUCCCGGGACUGUGGGAUUAUGAAGUUGUGGAGUCUUUCUUCCUUGAUAGCACUACAGAAAAUUACCUGGAGGUGGAGCUUUGCCCGCACGGACAGCAUCUGAUCUUGCUGCUGUCGGGAGUGGGCCAAGCAUUCACGCAACAGCUGCCCAUGGUGUUCACCACCACAAUCACAGGAGACCGGUGGUUUGGGGAGGCUCUAAUCCCCUGGUCCUAUUUUCCUCCCAAUGUCAACAAAAUGAACUCCUACGCUAUUCAUGGGUCUGGAGAGAAGCGGACGUACGAGGCCCUUUACCCCAUCCCCAAAGAAGAGAUACAGGAGGGCCAAAAGCCCAACUUCCACCGUCUGGAGUAUUUCCAAGAAUUCCGCCUGCAGAGCAUUAUGGGAGAGGAUUGGAUCCAGCCAGAAUCCGAUCUGUGGCUGGGAAAGCCAUGAGCUGUCAGAAAGAAAAAAAAAUGCAGCUUCUUUCUAUUUGUGUUUUCUUUUCACUUUCUUUGCACAUAAACGCAAACUCACCACAACAGCAGCGGGGCAAAGCCUUUUGGACAGGAAGCAGAGAGCCGACUGUCUUCAGGAAUCAGUCAUGCUAAACGAGAUGACAGGAAAGGUGUCAUCUGUCUGUCACUCACAUCAGAUACACACAUCACAGCUCUGGACAUCAGCUCUGGCGGCCUGAACAAAGUGUGGCCUGCAGCGCUGACGUGCUCGCGGACUUCCAAGGCUCAGCUUGACAUUCUGCUCCGCUCCUGCUCAGCUCGUACAUUUCUUCCAACAUUUGCUUCUUUUGCCCUCAUAGUUUGUCUUUUGUCCAAAGCUCCAUUCUCCAUUUAUGAUUUUACUCAUUUUCAGACCAGCCCUUCACCUGACUGCAAGGUAGUUCUCUAACAGAAUUCUCCUAAAACAAUGCCACAACGAUGAGACACAGCAAUACAUUGAAUUGUGGUUGGAUGAAUGCAGGCUCAUUAAAACAACUUUUAACAUGA